AGUUGGAUCGGAACAUAUAUGAUGAUGAUAGGGCGAGUUUGCAGCUGACGACAUGAAUGUUGUGACGUGUAGUGUCCAACUUCCUCAUUUGACACGACGCGCGACGAUCAACGUAACGUGUUAUUUUUCUAAUAUCAGUUUAGGCCUCGAUGAGGAAUUCGAAUGUAAAAGACUUCUUACGUCCUUAUCGUUCUAAUUAACAUCAUAGCAGAUAGAGGUUAGGCUUAGAUAUAAAGUAGAUUCAACGUCUGUGACAUCAACCGAACCCGGUCAACCGGACAGUCGACAGAGUUGUCGAGGAGACUGACCCGGGCCCAUUGUUUUGCUACCGAGGCCCAGGCUGAGCUGAGCUGAGCAACGAACACCGUCGCGCCACCGGUCAUAUCAUAAACUCUAUUUCAAAGAAGGUAACAUGGAGCUUCAAGGCGCAAUGAAAACUGUCAGCUUGAGGAUUGUUGUCCUUCUCUACUUCACAUUUUCUGUCGCUGCCUCUACUGAGAUGUUCUUGGAACCAGGUGUUUUUGAUAUUCAAGUGUCGCUUCCAUUUACACCCUCGGAUUCGGAAAUUCCAGAAGCUUUUGAGUAUCUUAUGAUGCAAAAAAGUAUGUACGCAAACUCUGAGAUAGGAGUCGAAGUGCUUAACUGCAGUUCAGAUCCUGAGGGAUGUUCCUUUACUCUUGAGUGGACUGUCCGCCAAUCUGACUGUGAUGGUGUUUACAGGCCUCUCUUUGUGGAUCUAAAUAAAACUAGCAGGACAAAGAGUUUGGAUGGACUCUACAAACGUCCCGACUGCUUCCUCCUCUCAGAGGAGCACACUAUCUCUUUCGUUAAGAGUGUAGAUGUGCCCAAUCCAGUCUUACUCUGCUCUGAAAAUGGUGGUGACACUCAUGAUAAGUUGAAUGACUUGAAAGGAGAUUAUUGGAAUUGCUCCAGUAAAUCAAACACAUCAAAGGUCUGCAACAAGCUUCCUUUCUGCACUCUCCAAGCAGAAGACAAGAAGAGUUCUGCUGAUGCUACCAAACCUGUUGAUAGUUCUACAAAAGGAGAGAAUGCUGAACCCCCUAAAAGAGAAAAGAGGGCUGAAGUCGGCGAUCCAGAGGGAGUAAACCCAGGAGAUGAAGGAAAGGUGGUAACAACACCUGUAGCUAAGGAAGCAGACAAAGGCCAGGCUACAGUAAACCCAGGAGCUGGAGGCCAGGGUGAUACAGACAAUGCCAACGAAGGAGACAAGGACCAGGGAAAAGUUACAGCCAUAGCCGCCAAUAACACACUGUUGAAGUCUCGUGUUGUCCAUACCACUCAGAAAGAUGGUCGUUUUCUCUUCAUUAUAAAUGUGACAUCACUAAGUGCAAAGCAAAUAAAUAUCUCAUUGAGAAUAAGAAUGAAAUCUCCCCAUGGUUACUUGUCAGCUACACAGUAUCCGCUUCUACCUUUCUAUGGAGUAAUGUGUGCUAUGUAUAGCAUACUAGGAUUGAUAUGGAUUGUAUUGCUAUUUAGACAGUGGAGAGAUCUUCUCAGAAUUCAAUUCUGGAUCUCUGUUGUCAUCAUACUAGGGCUUAUUGAGAAGGCUGCAUUUGUAGCAGAGUAUGAACGUCAUAACAAUUCUGGUUCGAAUACAUCUGCAGGCUUAUUCUUUGCUGAAGAGUUGUCUGUAUUGAAGCGUACUAUGGCUCGUAUGCUUGUUAUUGUUGUCAGCUUGGGUUAUGGAAUCACAAGGCCUCGAUUGGGACGAGACCUCAACUGGUUGAUAGGUGCUGGUGUUUUGUUCUUCUUGCUUUCUUCCGUUGAAGCAUACUUCAGGGUAUUUGAACCGCACAAGUCCAACGACCUGAUAGCCCUCCUUCCAAUAUCAGUAUUGGAUGCUGUGCUCUGCUGGUGGAUUUUCCGUAGCCUGGUGGAUACCAGUCGCACGCUACGUUUGAGGCGUAACCUGGUCAAACUCUGGCUGUAUCGUCAUUUCACUAACGCCCUCAUCUUCUGUGUAGUUGCUGCUGUAGUCUUCUUAGUGUGGUCUCUCAAGGCACAUAGGAUCAACACCUGUGUAAAGAACUGGAAUGAGAUCUGGGUGGAUGAUGCCUAUUGGCAUAUCUUAUUCUGUGUGAUCUUGGUUGUGAUCAUGAUCCUGUUCAGACCUACAGCUAACAACCAACGUUAUGCUUACUCUAUACUCAGUGAUGCAGUGGAAGAGGAUGAGAGUAAAGAACCAAUGAUGAACGAUGCCUUUGAGAGUGUAAAGAUGCGGAACGUACACUCUAACAGGUCCAGCAACCAACCCAAGGAGGUGGAUGAUCUACAGUGGGUAGAAGAUAACAUUCCAGCUGCUGUGGCUGAUGCGGCCCUUGGUGCUUUUGAUGAUUCUGAAGAAGAGCUCAUUACCAAUGUGGAGAGGAACAAGAUGGAAUGAACAUCUUCAUCACGUUAAGAAUCCAAGCUAUCUGAGUACAAGACAAGAUGAAGAAAACUCAGACACAUGAAUAUUCAUAUUAAUUUAUGUAUUUGUGUCUGUAUCAGAAAGAGAUAUGUGCUUGAGAGAGAGAGAGAGAGAGAGGAAGAAAGAGAUGAAUUUGGAUGGAACACCAAAGUACAUAUCUUACUAAAUGUUUUACAAUCACAGCUGGGUUUCACGCUCUGUCUGAAAUAUUUAUGAAAGUGAGGAUGGAGACCUUUGUCCAAGGUUUUUUGUUAGACUUGACGUAGAUCAAACCAAACCUAGUAGUGGGUUUAAAUCUAACAUUGAAGACAGUCAUACAAGUUCUUGUAAUUCAUUCUUGUACCUUCAAUGCCUUAAUUUACCAGUUCAUGAUAAAAAAGUAUUAUUGUAGUGAUAUUUUGGGAGGAAGAGUUCUGUAAUUUUACAUUUACAAAAGAUCUACAUAUUUGUCACAUUUAUUAAAAUAAUGAAAAGUUUUUUCUUCAAAUUUACCUAAUUUGACAUUUACUGAUGCGUCGGGAUCCUUUCUAUUGAAGCAUUAAUAAAUUAAAAAUGACUUUGACUGAAUAAAUAAAUGAAUGAAUGAAUGAAUGAAGUAUGGAAGGGUUCCUCUCCAUAUCUACCAUUUAUCAGUCUAACUGCAAUGCCUUCCAUUGUCAGUUAACUACAAAUUAUAUUCUUUUAUCAUUUAUGUACAGUUCUCAUGAAGGCAUGAAUAGUAGAACUGAUAAGAUAUGAUAUACAUUUGUAGCUUGAUAAUAUAAGUAAGUUAACUUUGCUCGCUUGAAGUAUUUCACUUAUCUUCUUUUUUUAUUAGCAUGCUUGUAACAUUUACACAGUGCUCUGAAUGAGUGUAUCAUACAACAGAUAUUACAAAAUUGAUUGCAUUUGUAGAGCUAAUUUGUUGUAUCACUGAUAUCAAAAAAAUUCUUAAAUUUCUUUUCAUGUGAUUAUAAUUCUUGUUAGGGUUUUGAAACAACCCCAAGUAUCUGCUGUGAAAAAAGUGAGUUGUAGAUAUAUUUGAAUUAUUUAACUUUUGUUUUGAUUUUUGAAAUAAUGAUGUGUAAGCAGAUUUUAUUCAUAAUGAUUUAAAGGUAUGUGAAUAUCAUUAGAAAGCUAAUCAUUGUGAUAGAAGUCAUAUGAUUAGUGUCUGUAAAUCUGUAAGGCUCAACUUCCAUUGUAAACCUUUUGAGAAUGUCAUGUAUGCAUUCCGUGGGGAGCUGGACAACGCAACAAAAAACUAAAACUAAAAAAGCAAAAAAAAUGAUAAAGGUUGCAUGCAUUCUUCCCCAUUGAUCUGCUAUUCAGAAUCGAGAGGGUAGAAUGGUUUGCUUUAUUCACUUAUGCAAUAUUCGUAUGAGCACUGCAAUUUAAACAUGACAUGUUAUUCGACUGAAGAGGAGAAGAUAAUAUCGUAAUUUGUCAUUGAUGAUAUAAACUGAUAGAUUCAUCAUUGAAUUACAAGACUCCUGUAGAAGCAUUCAUUCAUUCACUUUGCUGCUUAAAGUUUACACAAACAAGAGCUAAUAUUACAAUGUAGAUUAACUCUUGCUCUUCCAAAGGAUCUUAGUUUUUAGAUUUCACCAAGUUAUGAAAGAUGUUUUCUCUUCGAAAGCCUGCACCCUAAAUUUAAAAGUGCCUUAGAGAAGAAGAAAAUGUGAACAAACAAAGAAAUGUAAUGCCCUUUCUUCAAGUAUCUCUUUAUCACGGAUCAGUAUAUUAAAUUGCUAAUGUUGAUUCUGUUUUGUUCUCCAAGAAAUUGUACAUAGUCAUGUCAAGCACAUUAUAUGUCAUGGUUUUGUUAUUGAAAAUGAAGUUAAGUUUUCACAUUUGUCAUUACAUUUAAGAAAUCAUACUGUUUUAGUUCAUUAAUAGUGAUUUGAUUAAGCUGAAAGUUUUAUACCAAAUGAGUUGUGACUGUAAUUACAAAGUUUGUUUGCAGAUUGUAAAUAUAAAGGAUAAGUAAAUGAUACAAGUGAUUACUUCCACUGGAAUUCACUUCUGGAUAUGAAGAAAGAAAUGAUUGGAAGAUUUAAUCUUUAAAUCAUUGUAGAAUUCUAUCUUUAAAAAGGGCAAUCAAACCUUUGCAUAUUGGACAAGUAUUAAGAAAGUUAUGAAUGUUUGAUUGCCAAGAUCACAAUUACAAUUCCAUAUUUGAUAGCAGUCUGAUCAUUUGACUGGAGGAUUAUUUGGGACACCUCUUACACUUGCUGUACACUCUAAUAUAAAUCCAAAUUUAUCUGAACUAUUACCUUGGGGAUAUUUUGGAUUCCUUUUGAGCAAAAUGAUGUUAAGUUUGGAAUUAUUUUUUAAGAAAAUCCCUGUAAUGUGUUUGAGGUCAUCAUUUAUUUUCUUUUAAUACAUAUCAAUUAUGAGAGGCAGCUGUGAGUUGAUUAUAGAAGGGUAGUGCAUACACAUUAUCUUCUAUUAGAUUGUACAUUAAUAUUUGCAAAUCAAUUUUUCAAGUACACAUGUAUAUUUAAUGUUUGUUGCAGUUGUAGUGUGCAUUUUUUAGAAUUGACUUGAUGUUCAUGGAAGGAAUUGACUUGCAUUCCACAAUCAUCCUCUCUACCGCUUCUAACUGUUUGUUUAUCUGAAGUUACUUUGUCAAGUGUGUGGAGAGCUGCUAUUGAAUUCAUGCAAAUCUGACAAUUUGAAAUUCAGUCAAGAAUUUUGAUUACGUCUAAUUCGUAGUCUAUUUUUUCUUCUACAUAAAACAUGGUAGGUUUUUCAUCUGUUUCUUUACAAGUAAAUGUCGGUUGGUUUGUUGGAGCCAUGUCUGUUUCACUGUAGAUUGUACAAUGUCGCUAGUUGACUUCAUUAUUUUGUUAUUUUAUUUUUCUUUAUAGGAAAAUUGAAGAAACGCAUCUUAAUUUGACAUUAUAUGUGAUAUAUUAUAUACAUGUACUUUGAACAUGUCAAUACAAAUGUCAAUGGAAACAUAAUGCAAUAUAUUGAACUACAGAAAAUGAUGUGUGGUGAUCAUUUGGUAUAUGCAUGAUACAAACUAAUUAUUGAGAUUCUUUGACUUUGUCUUUUUUUUUCCAUUUGCUUUGAGGGAUAUUUGAAUAAGGGACAUGGAAGAUGUGGGUGCUAACAUAUAUAUGUUUACAUAAGACAAUGUUUGGGAUUAGGUUGGCAUUUAGCCCACAGUUAACUCUUUAUUCAAAUUGAUUUUUUUAAUGUAAGUAUAUUGAUUAUAGAAUUGGUUUAUUUUGAGGGAAGCUUUUGAUUUCAUAUUGUAGUAUCUUCUGUAGUAAUAUUAAAAUAUCUUGAUGAAAUAUGAUUCAAAA